UGUACAGAAUCUUAAAGGGGACAGUUAACGCUGAACUCGACCCUGUUUCUUCGCUGUAAAUACUUUUUGGAUUGUUUUGCUCACUGUAAAUAUUCUGCACUGUUUUUGGGAUUUUUGCACUUUGGACACUGGCACAAUAAACCACCUGCACUCAGAAUCUCGAUCUUGCCUAAGUUUUUAAUAGAGCCCCGCCACACUGUAUUUUUUUCUUUCAGUCUUGUCUGAUUCGUCUCAUCAUGGAACCUCCCAUUGAAGAAAUCAAACGUAUUCUCCAGAAGGGCAAUAAUGAAAAGGCUGUUGCUGAAACAAUGAAGCUAUUGAAGGAUUGGAGGAAGAUUCCCAUCAACAUUGCCAUCACCGGGGAGUCUGGAGCCGGGAAGUCCACUCUGGUGAACGUCCUGAGGGGGGUGGACCACCGAGCUGCAGACGCUGCCCCCACUGGAGUGAAGGAGACCACCAUGGAGCCCACUAAAUACACUCAUCCACACUUCCCUAACGUCACAGUGUGGGACCUCCCAGGAGUGGGCACCACCAGGAUGCCUGCAGAGAAAUAUCUGGAGCAUGUGGGCUUCCAGAAGUACGAAUUCUUCUUCAUCGUCUCUAAUGUUCGCUUCACAGAAAAUGAUGCAAAUCUGGCUCAAGAGAUCCAGAGAAUGGGAAAGAAGUUCUAUUUUGUGCGAUCUAAGAUUGACAGUGAUGUGUACAACGCAAAGAGGAGUCUGGGUAAGAGUGAAGAAGAAACCCUCAAGGAAAUUCGAAGUGACUGCUUCAAAGGCCUCAAGGAGCUGGGUUUGAGAAACCCAAAGGUCUUCCUUAUCUCCAGUUUGGAUCUCCACUUGUAUGAUUUUCAAACGUUGAUGGAUACUCUGACAGCAGAGAUGCCUGACCACAAGCGCAAUGCCGUGCUCCUCGCUGUUCCUGUCUUCAACCGUGAAAUCAUUGAGAAGAAGAAAGAAUCAUUGAGUGGCCAAAUUGCAGGCCUCAACGCUGUUUCCAUAGUGGCUGCAUUGGUUCCUUUCCCUGGUGUCUCUGCAAAGAUUGAUGAUGCUAUUUUGAAAGCAUUUGUCCACGACUGUAAGAUGUCACUGGGGUUGACAGAGGAGAACCUGCAGAGCCUUUCUCUAGUGUCAAACGUGCCUGUGAGUGAGCUGAAGGAGGUGAUGAAGUUACCAGUGGAUGAAGAGGAUUUAGUCUAUACCAUCUUUACUGUGCUGCUCCCUCCAGUGAAGAUCUUCUCUGGAGGCAUCGCACCCAAACUCUACCACAUCCUUGACACGUUUGCAGAGGACGCACAGAAAGUCUUCAAGAGGGCCCUGAAUCCAUAGAACGUCCCUCAGAUGGUGCAGCAGUUUAUGUAGCCAUUAUACUAGUGUAUCAACUGUCAUCAUGUGUAGUUCAGUAUCUAACCAAGCACACGCCACAUGAGACCUGCACCUGUCUCUUUGAAACAGCACAGGGACCAAGGAGGAUGGGAGGGCAUCUGACAC